AUGGCUCGACACAGCGGACCUUUCAUCGUACAGGAAGCGUUUGCAGAGAGUCGCCUGGACAAACCCGACUGGAGUGUCUCUGGACUCCGCCUUCCCGCCGAGUACGAACGGAGGAGACGGAGGCUAGCGGCGAACGCCCGCGAGCGCCGGAGGAUGCUGGGACUGAACGUGGCGUUCGAGCGGCUGCGUAGCGUCAUCCCGCGACUGCAGAGCGACCGGAGGCUCUCCAAAUCAGAGACGCUGCAGAUGGCGCAGAUCUACAUCGGAACUCUGAGCGAGAUGCUACAAAACAGAGCGCAGGCCCCGGACCAGAUCUCGGACACGGAGAACGGCGCGGGCAAAGCCGAGGACGGCGCGGGACGGGACUCUGACGCGUGUAGUGGAGGACGGGACGAGGAUCCGCUGCAGCACGAGCUCAAAGGUGACACGGACAUCUGGGAACGGACCAGCGGCGUGAAGUAG